UCUCAAAUGUCCACAAAAACUAGUCUAUAAAUGAUGAAACCCAUUGUAUCCCAAGAAAAUCACCAAGUUAAACUCCAUCGAGUACGUACUCGUCAAGAAAAAGAAUAUAAAAAAAUGGCUUUAUCACUGAAUAUUCUUAUCGCAGCUCUUUCCCUCACCGCCUUGUCUCCUCUUUGUUUGUGUUCCAAAGCCUACGGAAGUGGCGGCUAUCUCUACCCUCAGUUCUACGACCAUUCGUGUCCUAAAGCUCAAGAGAUUGUUCAGUCCAUUGUCGCAAAAGCAUACGCACAGGAUCCUCGCAUGCCAGCCUCCUUGCUCAGACUCCAUUUCCACGAUUGUUUCGUCAAGGGAUGUGAUGCUUCAAUACUAUUGGAUAGCAGUGGAACCAUAAUCAGCGAGAAAAGAUCAAACCCUAACCGAAACUCAGCCCGCGGUUUCGAGCUCAUCGAAGAAAUCAAAUAUGCCUUGGAACAAGAGUGUCCCGAAACUGUUUCUUGCGCAGAUAUCUUGGCUCUAGCCGCUAGAGACUCAACCGUAAUUACAGGUGGACCGAGUUGGGAAGUACCUCUAGGAAGAAGAGACGCGAGAGGAGCAAGCUUGAGUGGUUCAAACAAUGAUAUUCCUGCUCCCAACAACACUUUUCAAACUAUCCUCACUAAGUUCAAGCGUCAAGGCCUUAAUCUCGUCGAUCUUGUCUCCCUCUCUGGAAGUCACACGAUAGGAAACUCGAGGUGCACAAGCUUCAGGCAGAGGUUAUACAACCAGUCUGGUAACGGCAAGCCUGAUCUAACACUUGACCAGUACUACGCCUCCGUAUUGCGUAAGCAGUGUCCUAGAUCCGGGGGUGACCAAAACCUAUUCGCCCUGGACAUGGUGACGCAGUUCAAGUUCGACAACCACUACUUCAAGAACCUGAUAAUGUACAAAGGGCUACUGAGCUCUGAUGAGGUUUUGUUCACGGACAACAGUCGAAGGAGCUGGUGAAGCUCUAUGCGGAGAAUCAAGUGGCCUUCUUCGAGCAGUUUGCGAAAUCGAUGGUGAAGAUGGGGAAUAUAUCUCCAUUGACGGGGGCGAGGGGAGAGAUCAGGAGAAUCUGUAGGAGGGUUAACCAUGCAGCUUAUUAAUCAAACCCUUCCUUCCUUAUACGUAAAAUUACUUGUCAUGCAUAUGGAUUACUUUUGGUUUUGGUUUGUGUGAACGUGUGUGUAUUUACUAAAUCUGAUGAUUUUGUUGGUGUGAACUUGAUGGUAUUUUAUUUGGUGUUUGUAUUUAAAUUUUCAACGUGCAUUGAUCAUUAUUUAAUGAUUUUAAUCAAUGUAAAAGUAUUGGAAUGAUAUG